AUUUUCAUACCAUCAAUUGAUGCAAAAUGGUCUUUCCAGCUGACAACACUGUUAAAUAAAUCAUAAGUAAAUUAAUUACAAGAUUUAUGGAUCGUUAAUGUGCUGUGGCCAAUAUUACUUUGAGGCAGUUGCAGAUAGAUGGCAGCACAAUGUGAGUGACGUCAUAAGCCACCCGGGUUGCCAACUUAUAGCAUUAUUUGUUGAUGUUGGUACUAAUGUCGUAAAGAUGGUGGUGUGUAAUGUUAGUUACAGUGUAGUAGAAAAAACGAUACGCCUCGUAACCUAAGUAUUCUAAUUAUGAUACAUUGUAAGCAUCUUUAAUUUCGUAUAGGUAUAUUUGCAGUCUUUGCUAAGAAAAUUAUUCGGAGGAGGCUGCAUAAAAUCAUGAGACACAUGUGACAAUCCUGAAGCUAGUAUGAGGGGCCCAUUAUCCAGUAUGACCAGUAAGACGAGCAGCUUGAAGGCGCUACUACUACGAGCCUGGCGGGAACGUUGGUCUGACCUGCAGUGGGGCAUCCACAUCAAAACUAUUUUACCACGGGGGGUCAGUGGAGAUGUGUACAAUCUAGCGGACUGCAUCCUUCAACAAGCCCUCGUUGGCCCUGGACCCAACCAACUUGUCAUCUCAUAUCUCAAACAUUCACUUAGCUCUCAGCUUGUUUCGUAUGCAGCUGUCCUGCAGCGAAUCAGUAAAUAUGAUGGGUUCCAUAAACCUCACUGCAUUAUUAGUCUUCUUGAAUUUCUGGAAGCAAUCCAGGGAGGCAUUACGUGCCGAGGAAAACCAGAGGAAGGUUUACUGGCUGCAGCAGUGCUUUCUAUAGUACAGUGGUUGUUAAGCUGCAUGCAACAUGCCAUCAAGAAUCUGCAGGAGCUCCGAAAUGGCAACAUCGAGCUCACGUCGAUGCUGGAUAAGCCGGCUGUCAUCUUGGCUGAGAUACUUAAGUGUGACUUCUUGGUUGCCAUGUUGUAUCUAGCGAAGCAUGAGUGCAGAGAUGUGUACCAUGAAGUUAUCAAGAAGUGUCAAGAAGUGGAGGCGCUGUUGAAUCAAAAUUCAUUCCAGCCAAGUGUUCCUGUUGGAGACUCAAUGAGGAAGCUGUGUCGUCUAGAUAUUAACAGUGAAGGUGGAGCCGAUGGAAAGCCCGAUAACUCGGAACCAGUGACGUACUGCUUACAGGCUCUUUUGGCUAUCGAAGUACUUCUUAACCCAAGCUCUGACACGCAGAUGUUUGUCAACGAAUUGCUGCUCGUCCAGAGGCUGAAGAGUUACAACAUGCCUCGCCUGUACUCGGAGGUUAUGCGAGCUUGCUUCAUCACUCUAAAUGACGUGCUGGGAACGAGUAUUGAAUCGCAAUGGGGUGCUUUCACGUUUCUUAAAGUGCCACACAUCCUGCGACAGAUACACUUCACUAUCCGAGGAGUCGAGAAUGGUGAGAAGCCACAGGAGAAGCUGGAGUUUUCACAGGAUGUGGUGGAUGCGCUGGAACUGCUUCUUCAGUACACGCCACUGCUGGACAUCAUGGAUGCUAAGUGUUCGUGUAACUGUAUCGAGUGUCUGCUGAAAGAACUGCUCAGGAACGGUCUGGUCACUGAGAGUCACGUCACCCACUUCACCAGUAAGAGGGAAGCAAUGACUACUACGAUACAGAAGCUGGACCAGUCAACCACUCAGGCGCCAUCGAUACCAAAAGUGAUCGUGAAAGCAGAACCAACGCUCUCCAGGAUACUGAAGACACUGGAUGCGGACUGCGUGAAGGUACAGGAGGCACUGCUAAGCGUACUGUGCCAGGUGCUAACAGGAAAGAGCUUCGAACUGAUCCUGGCUGUAGCGGCCGUAGAAGGGAAGCUGCGGACAUUUGUGACCAAACUGCUGAAGUUCAAUGAAUGCAGUAAGCAGGUCGGAGGUGAAGGGGGGAAGGCUUCUCAGACGAGGGCCUUGUUGUUUGAUGUCACCUUUCUGAUGCUGUGCUCCAUUGUUCACACAUAUGGCCCAGAGGUUGUGCUCUCUGAGGAGGGAGGUGAUUCUUUCUUCGAGCAGUGGGUCAGAGAGUGCAUGGUGGAACGUGGACGACCCAAGUCGCCUGAUCAAAUGUUGCAACACUGUGAUCCUGCUAGGGUUGAUGGCCUUCUUGCUCAGUUCAACUCUGCUGAUGGUGAUUUUAAAACUAGCCAAGUUAAGUGGCAUGAAGUGUGUCUUCACGUACCAGCAGCUAUCAAGGAGGUGCUUCUGGCGUGGGAGCACGGAGCGGUCACGGCUAAUGACGUGAAACGAAUCCUUGAUGCAAUGAGGUCCCGUAUGUGCUGCCUUCCGGUGUGCGCAACCGCGUGGCUCUGCAGUUAUAUGCAGAUCUUGCACCAGGAUGCGCUGCUUAAGCCCCUGAACAUGGUACAACAGUUCCUUACUCCUCUGACAAAUGAAGACAUGUCGCAGCAGGACAACUUCAAAGAGAGGUCAGCUCUGAUGUUCCAGAUAAUUCGUAAGAUGCAGUAUGACGUUCAUCCGCCGACCCAGUCAAAGGUCAAAGUGAUGACCUUGUCUCACAGCAUUAUUUCACGGCAGCCAAUCAGUGAACAGCUUGUUUCUGUGUGGGCAGGCAUCCAGCAGAGGGGAUGGGUCAAUAUUGAGGCGACGCACUCGCUCGAGAGCCUGCUCAACACUGGUGGCUCGCAGUGGUUUGUAACUAAUUUGACAAAGGAAGUAUUGAAGUUUCGCUACCAAGAGGAUCUAGACCGAGCGGUUGACCUUGCAUUUGGCGUGUUCCACCUAGACAUUGAACACUGCACGCUCUCUCUGCUCCUGCAAGUGCUGCCACAGUACCUGCAUAACCGGUUGCAGAGUGAUGAGUUGGUGGAGCCUCAGGCAUCUGCCCUGGCGAAGCUUUGUGCGUACUGUGUUUUCGCUGCGCUCGAGUUUCAGAACAAUACCGCGCCCGGUCACGUGAACAGUCGCAAGAGAAGUCGCCGAGACACCGAAGGAGAGGAUCUGGAAGGCCUCUGCCCCUCGGGCAAGCUGCUGCGGUUAACGUCUGGCGUGACGGAGACUGGGGACGCCGUGGCGCUGUUUGCGACGACCACGUCUAGUGCCCAGAAUUCAAACCAGCCGUACAACAGCAGUGGCCAGUCGGUCAGGGAACCGUUGCAGAAAGCGCUCAAGGACUUGUUCCACACUUUCACGGUGAUAGCAGGAAGAGACGGGGAAGUUUCCCAACAGACGCACUUUGUCUGCAAGUUUCUUCAGUAUGUGGUG